AUGCAAGAAAGAAAAAUAGAAGAAAGGAUUGAAAUGCUGAAGAUGAAUGACGAACUUGAAAAAGAACAAGUGAGACAAGUGAAGGCAGUGUUGAAGCAUUUUAAUAAGAAUAUAAUAUUUGCAAAGAUCAAAGAUAGUUACUACUGGUCACAAAUGUAUGACAGACGAUAUACGUACCUAUGCUCAAAAUUGCGACCAAUAUCAGUAGUGAGAAACCUAACAAACUGGUUAGAGAAACAAGAAAUUACAGAAGACAUGUUUACUCUAAAGACUAAUAACAUUAUCAAGAAAGUAGAGCACAGACGAAAUCUCAAAAUUAAUCCUAUUCAAGAUCUACAAAACAACAAUGAAAUACAAGAGUAA